AUGUUGAGCAUAAUUUCCAUUUCUUUCAUGACAAUUGUAUUUAGUACAUUCUACGUCCUCUCAAUGGUAUUCCAAAGCAAUACCUUGAAGACGACAACUGUUGGAAAAGUGGAAUUCAUAAUAUUCUUUACUUAUCAGAUUUGCAUUUGUCUCUUGGGAAUUAGUCAUAUUGGACACAGAACGAAUAGUGUAAUUGAGAAGAACAUCGAAACGCCUAUUCACGUAUUCAAAUUGAUUUACAAUGUCAAGGAUCCAGAAUGCAAAGAAAAGCUGAAAAUAUUUUCGGAUAGCUUGCUUCAUGUGAAAAUACAAUUUACUGCCUAUGAUCUCUUCAAACUUGAUAAAACAAUUAUCGUUACUGUACGUAAAUGAGUUAAAUAAGAGGAAGCGGGGCUAAGUCAGUCAGGAACUAAAUUUUCAAUCAGAUAAUUUAAUUUGUUUAAAAUAGAAUAUUAAAUAAAAAGUGGAUAUGAAUCUCUAUAUUAAUUGAAAUAUUAGAAAUGAAAUACAAAUACUUUAUUUACUGACUAAUUUGGUCCCAUUCUCCCCUAAUACUCCAGUUCAUUUUGUAAGGUAUUUAACCAUUAU